GCAUAGGAAGGAAGGGAAGGAAAGGAGCUGAGGCAAAUCAGUCGCCAAGCGGAGCCCAAGACAGCGGAUGAACGGAGCCGAACGUGUGUGCUUGUCGCCCUUGUCGUUUUUUUACAGCAGCUCAAAGCGGCGUCCGGCAGCCCCGAAACCCGCCCGAAAAUGAUCUUCAAACUCGUCCAUCUCCUCGGGGUGCUCGUCUGCGGCGGCCAAGCCGCCCUGCAAGUGUCUAUAUCCUUGAACAAAGUGGAGUUAAGUGUCGGAGAAUCCAAGUUCUUCAUCUGCACAGCUAUCGGCGAGCCGGUCAAGUUGGAGUGGUAUAACCCCCAGGGCGAGCGCAUCGUGGCCUCUAAGCGAAUGGCGCUCCACACAGAAGCAUCAAGAUCCAAGCUCGUUAUUUAUAAUGCCAUCAUCGAAGAUGCGGGUAUCUACCGCUGCCAGGCCACCGAUGUCAGUGGUCACACUGAGGAGGCCUCCGUUGUGCUGGAGAUCUACCAGAGGCUGACAUUCCAGGAUGUUCAGUCACCGCAGGAGUUCCGCUAUGGUGAGACAGCAGAAGUUGUGUGUGAUGUCAUUAGCUCCCCGGUGCCCGUGGUGGUGUGGUACUACCAGGACAAAGAGAUCACUGAGGAGCACCACAGCAGGUUCCAGGUGUUGCCAAACAACAACCUGCAGAUCCAUCAGGUGACCAAGGCUGACGAGGGUGUGUACCGCUGUGAAGCCAGCGUAGAGGCACGCGGGGAGAUCGAUUUUGUGGACAUUGCAGUGGUGGUCAAUGUCCCUCCGGUGUUGUCAGUGUUCCAGCAGUCCUUCAAUGCCACAGCUGACUACCAGGAAUCUGUCACCUUUACUUGCAUCACUUCUGGAUCUCCGGACCCCAUAGUCACAUGGCACAGGAAAGGGCAGCAGCUGGAGCCAUCGGACCAGUACAUUUUGAACAGGCUUGAUGGCGGGCGGAGCAUGUUAACCAUCCGCAACAUCCGGCAGGGUGAUGGAGGCACCUACUCCUGCAGAGCCACCAAUAAGGCAGGAUCCCAGGAAAGAGAGCUCUUCCUCAAAGUGUUUGUCCAGCCCCAUAUCACCCAGCUGAAAAACGUGACAGCCGUAGAGGGCAGCGCUGCCAUGAUCUCCUGCGUGGCUGAGGGCGAGCCUCUGCCUGACAUUUCCUGGAGAAGAGCCAGCGACGGUCAGACCUUCGUGGACGGAGACAAGAGCCAGGAUGGGAGGUUUGAAGUUCGUGGGCGUCACGGCAAGUCAGUGCUGACCAUCAGCGGCGUGAGGCUCUCCGACUUGGGUCGAUUUGACUGCGAGGCGCUCAGCAGGAUCGGAGGUCAUCAGAAGAGCAUGUUCCUGGACAUUGAAUAUAUACCAAAGUUCCUGACCAACCACACCGUUUAUUAUUCAUGGGAGGGAAAUCCGGUGAACAUCAGCUGCGACGUGAUGUCCAACCCACCUGCCACCAUGCUGUGGAGGCGAGAGCGCUUCACUAUCUCCACAGAGGGAACCGCCAACAUGAGGGUGCACAGCGCCGAGGGCAAGUCUGUGCUGGAGGUGACUCCUAUGUCCGACAGAGACUUUGGCCGCUACAACUGCACGGCCAGAAACAACAUUGGAGUUCGAUACCAGGAGUUCAUUUUGGCCCAGGCAGUUGCGCCAUCGAAUCCAUACUCAGUUCGUCUGUCAGCUGUCUCCCAGCGCCUAGCGACCGUAACAUUUAUGAAGCCAGACUCUCAUGGAGGCGUUCCCAUCAACUACUAUCUGGUCCAGUACAAGGAGGUGGGCUCACAGGACUGGAGAGAUGUCAAGUCACACAGUGUCCAGACCACAGUUGUGCUGACAGGACUGGAGCCCAACACAACAUACGAGGUUCGAGUGGCAGCUGUCAACGGAAAGGGCCAGGGCGACUUCAGCCACACGGAAACCUUCCAGACCUUACCCAUCCGAGAGCCGAGUCCGCCAGCAGUCCAUGGGCAGAGGGACAUGGGCAGGGCCUACAGGCUGGGGCUGGUCAAGCAGGACGACGGAGGGAUGCCCAUUGUGGAGUAUAUAGUCAAGUACAAGACUGAUAAAGAGGAACAGUGGAUGACCAAGCUCGUUCCAGGUGCGAAGGACCAUGCCUUGCUGCACCCGCUCCAGUGGAACACGAGAUAUGAAGUGGAAAUCACAGCGCGCAACGUGAAAGGCCUGUCGGAGCCCACCUUCUAUCAGUUCUUCAUGCCACAGAAACCUGACAUUACAGCAGAAUCCCUGUUCAGCGGUCUGGGGCUGGGGGCGGUGGUGGGCCUCGGCCUGGGAGCGCUGCUGCUGCUCCUCGUGCUGGUGGACAUCAGCUGCUUCUUCCUGCGUCACUGCGGCCUGCUCAUGUGCAUCACGCGCACCCUGUGCAGCAAAAAAACAGCCACCAGCGGCAAGGGCAAAGAAAUCGAGGAGGGGAAGGCCGCCUAUCUGUACACCUACAACAGCCGCCCAGCCACCCUUUCAACCACAGAAGCUACCGCUGAAGGAAGAAAAUGGAAGAGAGGUUCUCAAGCCAGAUACGAUUGAAAUCAAAGUGCACAGUGACAACAGCAUCCACACAAAGCCCGACGACAGCAAAGCGUAAAAGGGUCGGUCCUCCCGCCACCAAAAGAACAUUCGGAUCACAAGACCAAAACCCAGAGAAACUACAACACUGGAAAAUAGUGGAGUAAAAUACCAUAUCUGUUUAUAGCAAUGCCCCAGAGAAAGGCAUGUGUAAAUACAAAAAAUAAUAGAGAGAAAAUAGAAAGGAAGAAAGUGUCAACCUUUUAGACACCCUGAGUGAUUAAUGUAUCAUGUUCUUACAAACAUGGCAUCAGUGGAAAGCUCUUGUUGAUCAAUGAUUGUAUAUUAUUUUCUGCCUUAAGUAUUAUUUCUCAGAUUCUGUUUUUUUUUUUGUUUGUUUGUUUAUUUGUCUGUUUUAUACCCCACAUGGGAUUUUCAUGCAGUUGAAAGGUGUUUCUAGCACUCUCCUCUUUGAUGUCUCUCAAAAAAGACAAUCACCAGCGGAGGCAUAAGCUGGUACGCUGGUGUGCCCCAAAUAUCUCAAUGCUAAUGCUUUUUUUUUUGUCUUUGUAAGAGCAAUGCAUGGGCUGACCUUCACUGCAGGAUGUCACAGUGAUUUAAGCCUGUUUCCAUGCCUGAGUGUUACUCUACAACAUCCUUUUUAUGCCUGUGAUAGCCAAGCUAGGUGCCUAGCUUACAAAGACAAAUUCUCAGUCAUUGUACUUUAAGCUAGCAGGCUUCGCUAGCACACAGUAAAUAAGUCCUUAAAAGCUCUGACGCUUUAUUGUCUAAAGAAAACUCUUUUGUGAUGCAUUAGUUCUUGGUUGCAUUUCUACCUGAAACAAUAUUAAUUUUUUCCAGAAGACUUUAGACCUAAUAUUUGGUUUGGUUUGAUUUCAGAAGGGCUUUGCGACUCUUUAUAAGUACUCAACAGUAUCCAAAAAUCACAAGAAGGAAGAGUGUGUUGCAGUCUAUGAAGUAUACAGUACAAAAACCACACAUGUGCAUUGAUGUCACUGUUAGCAAAGCCUUUUAAAUUGACGCCGAAUAUUGUUGGCGCUCUUCAGGCGUCUCACUCUCUAACAAU